CCUUCAUCUACAUUUUGUCAGAUUAGGUAGUUGCUGAUUACUCAUCGUGUUCUGACAAUGCAGCAGUUCUUGUGCAUGUAGACUGUAGGGUGGGAUAAAGUACACAGAGUCACCCUGGUUAAAAAAUAAUUAAAGGCCAGGUCGAUCAGGCUAUUUUGCAGAUUCACUUCCUGAAAGAAGACAGACGACUUCUACUAUCCUGAAAGAGACUUUAAGAUGAAACACCAAGUUAUAAUCUUAGUUUACUUGGGGGAAUCAAUAUUACACAUGGUGAAAUGUUUCAGUGGUGGCAAUUUUGAUGCCUUUCCAGAGAUAUGUGAGACAAUGGAAGUCAUACACUCCAACUUUCAGCCUCAGUCCAGCAAGCCACCUUUUAAAGUUUACCCAGAAUAUAAGGAUGUUUUGUCUUCAGAAGUGGGAGUAUCUUUUGAGGUAUUCUUGAAGGCUGACGGCUCUGAAACAUUCAGUGGUUUUAUGUUGGAAGCACGAAAAUCAGGCAACAAAGUACCUCAGGGGAUUUUCUCUUUGAAGAACACAGCCCUCAGCAGACUUCAGAAAUGUGAUGGUAUAAAUGGUAAAGCUGUAACACAAAAAGACAACUCCCCAAAGUCCAUAAUAACAGUCAGUUGGACGGCUUCUGAAGCAGGACAAUAUUAUUUCAGGGCUUCAUUCAUUCAGAGUUUUGAUAUAUUCUGGGUCGAUUCCUCGACUCCAGCACCAACCUCUACACAUGCCCCUUCCUCGACUCCAGCACCAACCUCUACACAUGCCCCUUCCUCGACUCCAGCACCAACCUCUACACAUGACCCUUCCUCGACUCCAGCACCGACCUCUACACAUGACCCUUCCUCGACUCCAGCACCGACCUCUACACAUGACCCUUCCUCCACUCCAGCACCAACCUCUACACAUGACCCUUCCUCGACUCCAGCACCAACCUCUACACAUAACCUUUCCUCCACUCCAGCACCAACCUCUACAGAAAUAAAAACUUAUCCACAGGCAAGACAUUUGUUUAAAUCAUCGCUAGCUAUGCAUUUGUUUAGUUACCUCUUUCUUGCCGAGUGCGGUCCCAUGCUAUUGAAAGGCGAUAUACGUGCAUGCCUGAAGGGGACAUCAUUUCUGUCUUUGGUGUUUUCAUUGGCUGCUUUUUUUCUCUUACUGACAGACACUAAAGAAAUUGAGCACGUAAUUUUGUCAGCAGUGGCAGCAAGCCUGAACUUAUGCCAAACCAUGCUAAUAUUCUUUCUCUGUGGACCAAGUCAUGAACUAAGGAAGAUUUUCAUCUGGGUGCUCAGAGUGGUUGCAUUCCUAAACUUUUGUUUUACAAUUGCCGCAAUAUAUGUUGGUCUUGUAAAGCAGUGGUUCACAAACGCCUUUCUCUGGCCCUCCAUAUUGAUGGGAAUUUAUUUAGCAUGCCAGUUGCUCUCAUAUCCAUUUUUUAUUUAUGGGGAACUAAAACAAAGGAACCGACAACAAACUGCUUCAAACAAUCAAAUUUGCAAGGUUUCUUGCUGGUGUACAUGCUUGUACAUUUUUAGUGGGAUGAAUUUUGCAUUUACUAUAGCACUUAUAUUACUAAUAUUUUUGCAGGAUUUUGUUACUGAUAGCUGAAGAGAUUGUGUUUUUUUUUUAUAACAUUUUAUGAUUGCUUUUAUUGUCCACAUUAUUAAUGUCAAGCAAUUUCCAUUCAGUAUGUACUGUAUAUGAA